AUGUUGCUUAUUGCAGUUCCUGUUGGAGUUAUAGCUUCUUCUAAGAAGGUGAAGAGGCUAACCAAGGAUGCAGUAUUAGUAGUGGCUGCACUCGGGGAAUAUUCUCUUCUGGUUGUAAGUUUAGAUGGGAAGAAUGUGAAGCGGCUUCAUCCUCUUCCAUUCACUGCAGUCAGGGAUCCAGAGUUAUGCAUUGUUUUGAUAGAAAAUCUACCAGAGGAUCAUUCUGUGGAGAACAUUCAGCAUAUAUUUGAUGAAGCUGGGAGCCGAGGCCAUGCUGAUCCUGGGCUCCCAGUUUCCUGUCUGAGCCCACUGCUCGAGAUUGAGUCUAAGGACCAAGCAGUAGAUGUGUUAUAUGCUCGUGUGGAGUAUGAAACUGUGGAAGCAGCUGAGAAAGCUGUGGCUACUUUAAAUGAUGAGCAAGACUGGAGGUGUGGCAUGUGGGUUAAACUUCUCGAGCGAAUGAGGACAUCAGAUUCUGAGAAGACCAGCAGUGUCCAAGCAUCUGAUCUAGCAGAUGAGGAGAAACGCAAUUUAAAUGUGAACCAUAAGGAGAGGCACGAUGAAGAG